AGGAUAUUACAAUCUCAUUUACACACAGAAAAUUUCAAGUUACAAGUAUAUCAUGAUAAAUUAAAAUCACAAAAUGGACUCUAAAUACACACAGGGCCCGGGACCCAAUGCCUACAAACUGCCGCCCCAGGUGGGGUACGAGGGGCACGAUGUCUCCAAGUGGCGUAACCCCGCGUUCUCCAUGGGACUCAAGACUAGAACAAAGGGCAAGGAUGUUGGCCCUGGCCCUGCUUACACCGUGGACAAGAUGACAAGGUUUGGCACUGCAUACAGUCCUUCUGCUCCUUUUGGUCAGCGAACUGGGAUGACAGAUAAGAGUGAUGGACCUGGACCUGGGGCAUACAACCCAGAUAUCAGGAACGUUGGAAAAGUGAACCGAGUGGGAGGAACGUUCGGAAUGAGACCAGAUGAUGUGGCGAAGUCCAGUGGUCCUGGACCAAACGCUUACAAUGUGAAGGACCCGACACUCAAACGUCAACCUACAUUUGCCAUGGGUACGAGGAAUGACAUAGUGCAGAAGCACGUGGGACCGGGUCCUAAUGCUUACAACCCGAAGAGGCAGGACAAUGUGAGGUCUGUCAAGUUCGGUCCUCCUCCAAGGUCUGUGGCAGCCAGAGAUGCAGGUCCAGGGCCGGGGGCGUACCAGGGCGAGAAGUACCUCAAGUUCAACAAGAAGGCCAACCCUCCUAAGUUUGCGUUUGGAGUGAAGACGACAACCAUGCCUUACAUCAGCCCAGAGGACAAUGCAGACUGUCAACUGAUUUGUAGGAAAUAAACAUCUCACAUUACAGAUUAA